AUGCGUCAGGAAGCACAGGCCAUCGUUCUGGCGGCAGGGCCGGGCAUGAGGAUGACAGCCCUCACCAGCCACACACCCAAGUGUCUGCUGCCCUUGGGCACCCUCCCCAUGCUCUGCUACCCACUCCACCUUCUGCAGCAGGCUGGCUUCACAGAGGUGAGCGUGGUGGUCAGUGAGGGGCAGGAGCAGCGCGUCAGCAAGGUGGUGGAACAGUACAGCCUCAAGGUGGACUUGGAUGUGGCCGUUGUCAGCACUGCCCACGACCCCGGCACAGCUGACUCUCUGCGACAGAUUGCCUCCAAGAUCAAGAGGAGUGUAGAGGAUGUGGUGGUGGUGUCCAGUGACUUGGUGACGGACGUGUCACUCCAGGACAUUUUGGAUCAACACAGGGGUCGGGGAGCUGACCUCACAAUGUUGACCUCCCCCACUCCCCGCCUAGAGACAGCAGCCCCGGGACCCAAGACCAAAACCCAUCUCAACAGCGACAUUAUCUGCACUGAGGCUGGAACGAGCCGGCUGGUGUACAUGGUGGCUGGGGGUGACUAUGAUGAGUCUGUGGUACUGCAGAGCUCCUUGCUGCACUGUGCUGCCCCGCUGCACCUCUCCUCCUCCACCCAAGAUGCCCAUCUCUAUGUAGUCAAGCGCUGGCUGCUGGAUUAUGCUCUAAACAAGGAGUCUCCUUGUGCAGAUAUGGGCUCUCUGAAGGCUGAAAUCCUGCCCCACGUUGUGUCAUGUCAGUUCAGUGGUGAUCGAAGCAGUGGCGGGAAGUUGGAGCUGUCAAGUUUGGUGGAGAGGGAGGAGUGGGAAGACUUGGUGAGGAAGUACAACAAUAGCGUGGUGCCAUCCCGCCACCACUGCCUGUCCACCCCACAGCCACCUGUCUGCCUCACCUUCCACCACCCUGGCCUGUGUGCACGCGUAAACACCCUUCAGACCUACUGGCACCUUAACAGAAAGAUUCAUGAAAUAUUUGAGCAGGUCUACCCCAAUUCUGAGUGGCAGCUGAGACAUCCUUCCGCAGAGAUCCAUGAACGUGCUCAGGUGAGUGAAGACAGCGUAGUGGGUGCCGGGGCUGUGGUGUGUGAGAGGACCAACGUCAGCGGCAGCGUGGUGGGGAAGCACUGCCGCAUCAACCCAAUGGUGCGUCUCAGUGGCAGUGUCCUGGGGGACCAUGUCACACUUGUCUCAGGAUGUGUCAUUGAGAACAGCCUGAUCCUUGCCAGUGUAGAGAAGAAGUGUACCAUCAAGAAUUGCAUCGUGACAGAUCCAAACAAGAUAGAAGAGAACAAGACCUACAGUGGGGAGGUGCUGGAGGCCACACAGGACUUUGCCUAGGCUGCCACCCAGCAUGGGGGUUUACCUACUGAACCUGCAAUGAUACUGAGGCCCGGAAGUGCUGUGGGUCUGUAUGUUUAACAUUUUUGUUCAAGUAAAGAAUCUAAAACAG